CUUAAAGGAUGCACAAAGUUUUGCCUUUUGGAAACGUUUAAGAUCAGGACGGAUGCCGUACUUGUCAAUGCCAACCAAGACGUUGUCCGCCCUUAUGCAAAAUGUUUUGUUUAUAUGGAAACGAAAUUGAUGAAAAUGGUUGCAAGUUAUGCAAAUGCAAACCUCGUACGUGUGGGUUGACAUCAUGUGCAGCAUUUAAAUGUUCUAUAACGACGACUUUCUAUACUGCAGCUGAUGGUUGCACACAUUGCAGAUGUGGUCAGGAAUCAUGCCCAGCAUCUUGUACCAAUAUUUUUUGUCCAACUGGACGCAGAUUGGAUGUAAACGGUUGCAAAGCUUGUGCAUGUAAUCCACAGCCUUGUGGUGUAACUUCUUGCGCAGCUCUAAAAUGUUCCUUUGGUCAAAUCAAGUUUACAGGCGACGAUGGUUGCACUCAUUGCAAAUGUCGGAAGUGUCCGCCCAAAUGUAAUAUCUCCUGUCCCUUUGGAAGAAGGUUGGAUAUAAAUGGAUGCGAAGGCUGCGCAUGUAAGCCUCAAGGUAACUGUGAUUCAGUUUGCAGUAACAGUUGCAAGUAUGGCCAUUUUAUUGAUCAAAAUGGCUGCAAAACGUGCACGUGCAGAACACAAGCCUGUCCCUCGCAUGGAUUAAGAAUGGCUGCAAGACAACGUGCUUACCGAAAUCAUGCGGUGCAACGUCGUGCGUAAUUAAAUGUGAAUUUGAACCUGAUACAUACACUGGAGACGAUGGAUGCACACAUUGUGUAUGCAAACAACCACCUGCAACUUGUCCCAUCUUUCCAGUACCUCCACCUGGUCAAACUCCUGCAAACAGUGACGAUAAUUGUAAAAAUGAUAGCGAUUGUACAGCACCAAAACUAUGUUGCGGCGGUGGAUUUCAGACAGCACCAAGAACGUGCAAGCAACCAUGUCGUUCUAAUUGCUCACUACUCAAAUGUGACGGGGAUGUCAUUACUGAACAAUUAGGUGACGGAUGUACCAGUUGCAGAUGUGCUACUAACUAAAUACAUGUUAUUUUUUAAAUAAUAAACAAAUCUGGCUGGUUGGUUAAAA